AUGUCAGCCAACCUCCGCCUCAGAACGCUCACAAACCAUCUCAAAUCGACCCUCAAGAUGAAACUACUCUACCCCACCUCCCUCCACAUCAACACCAAGUCCCUCGAGGGCUUCUCCGUCGACCUCCACCCCUACGACGUCACAGCCCCAAUCCCCGACUCCCUAAUCGACGCCGAAUUCCUCGUAACAUGGGGCAACAAAGCCACAAACCUGCGCGACGCAGCCGCACGCAUGAAGAACCUCCGCUGGAUCCAAUCUCUAGCAGCCGGACCCAACGACGUUCUCUCGGCCGGCUUCGACGCCUCCCGCAUCGCAAUCACCACCGGCUCCGGCCUCCACGAUGAAACAGUCGCCGAACACACCCUGGGAAUGCUGCUUAACGCGGCCCGUCGCUUCUACGAAAUGCGCGAUUACCAGACCCGCGGCGAGUGGCCCGGUCAUCUGGGCGGUCUCCAGCCCGACCGUGCUCCGGGUACUUUCCGCACCCUCAAGGGUGCUAACAUCACUAUCUGGGGAUUCGGAAAUAUUGCCAAGACCCUUGCGCCGGUGCUGACUGCGCUGGGCGCGAAUGUUACUGGUGUUGCGCGUAGCGCGGGGGUGCGGAAUGGGUAUGAGGUUGUUGCCGAGGAUCGGUUGAGUGAGAUUUUGCCGAAGACCGAUGCGCUGGUUAUGAUUUUGCCUGGUUCGGAGAGUACGAAGGGUGCUUUGAGUGCUGAGCGCUUGCAGCAGCUGCCGAAACAUGCCUGGGUUGUUAAUGUUGGGCGGGGAACUUCUGUUGAUGAGGAUGCGCUGGUCGAGGCGCUUGAAAACGGGAGGAUUGGUGGUGCCGCGUUGGAUGUCUUCUCUGUUGAGCCGUUGCCGAAGGAGUCAAAGCUUUAUGCGGCGCCGAAUUUGGUGCUUUCGCCCCAUGCUGCCGGUGGACGGCCGCGUGAGCCUGAGGCGCUUAUUGCGUAUAACUUGAGGCGGCUGCUUGCUGGGCAGGAGUUGAAGAACAUUAUUUGA